AUGCAGCCUAAAGCCACUAGACUGGUAGUGACUGAAGGACGGCAUGGAAGGACCAAUAAUGGUGGUAAGGGUCAAGAAAGGAAUUCUAAAUGCGUGGGAGGUAGGAUCACAAAACCUGAAGGUUUGGGUAGAAAGAGGGAACCUAAGGCAGUGGUGUUUGGAGAUGUGUUACCAACUUAA